UAUCUGCAGGUAGUUAUCUGGGAACCUUGUUCACAAGAUAGACUAUUGUUGAAUUUUCUUUUAAAUAUUGCCUAUCAGUUUAUUUCACAAUGCCUCCCCUGAUCAGUUCUGCGGCAGAUAAAUCAAAAGAACUUCCUGAUGAAAAUUUAUGGACAUCUAUUCUUGGUGAAGUUCAAACUAAAGGAAGUAACAAGCUCCCUUCUAACAAAUCCAUUUUAGUUCUUGGUGACAAUGAAUCUGGAAAAACCACUCUCAUUGCUAAACUUCAAGGAGUAGAAGAUCCAAAAAAAGGUUCUGGAUUAGAAUAUGCAUAUAUAGAUGUUCGGGAUGAGUAUAGAGAUGAUCAUACAAGAUUGGGCGUGUGGGUGUUAGAUGGGCAUCCGAUGUACAAACAACUGCUGAAAUUCGCACUUCCUGCUGAAUCUAUCCCGAAUACGUUAGUAAUGUUCGUUGCUUCUAUGACAACUCCAUGGGCUAUUCUUGAUCAACUUCAAAGUUGGGUUGCAGUGCUUCAUGACUACAUAGAUUCUCUUAGAAUUCCAGCUGAAACUUUGCAGGAAUAUCGACAGAAAAUUGUUAAAAGGUGGCAAGAAUAUGUUGAUCAGACAGACGAUCCCGAUCUCAAUGUUAGUAGAACUUCUCGUAAUUUAGAAGAAGAGGGCGAAGACUUGCCUUUAUCUGAAGGUGUCCUUACCUCUAAUCUUGGAUUAGAUGUUGUUGUUGUUAUUACUAAGACAGAUUAUAUGUCAACUUUGGAAAAAGAAAACGAUUAUAGAGAUGAACAUUUCGAUUUUAUUCAACAGUGGGUUAGGAGGUUUUGUUUACAGUACGGAGCUGGCUUAUUUUAUACUUCAGCUAAAGAAGAUAAAAAUUGUGACUUACUGUAUAAAUAUUUAACGCAUCGCCUCUACUCUCUUCCGUUUCGUACGCCUGCAUUAGUUGUUGAAAAAGAAGCAUUAUUAGUACCUUCGGGAUGGGACAGCAUGAAAAAAAUUAGUAUAGUUUGUGAGAACCUUCAAAGCAUGAAACCUGAUGAUUAUUAUAGGGAUGUUAUUGCACCACCAGCAUCAAGAAAGUCUGGGGGUCGUGAAACUGAAGUUGUCGCUGAAGAUGAACAAGUUUUCUUAGCAAGAAUGCUUUCUCUUCUACAGCAGGGCCAUGAUAAGCAAACUCCUGCAGUACAGAAAACUGGGUCUAGAUUACAAACAUGUAUGGGACCUCCAAGUAUCACGCCCCCGAAAAAGUUGGAUCCAAGCAAAGUUUCAAGUACUAGUGGAGAAGGCGUUUUGGCAAACUUUUUCAAUUCUCUCCUUCACAAGAAGCCUGGAUCUGCUAGUACAUCCCCCAGCUCUGUCAAGACCCCAGGUUCCCCAGGUAUUGAUACUGCAGUUGGUGUAGAAAAAGCAGUUACGCAAUCUGAUGCUGCUGCUGAACUCGAGAGGCUCGACAAAAUUGGGAGGAUAUCAAGGGCUAAACCUGGCGGUAGCCCUUCCUUUAAUAUUAAGUAAUACAGAGUAACGGAUGUUAAAAUUUUAUAAUUUUUUUUAACUAAAUCAUAACUAUGUUAUUUUUGUUUUUUUACGAGACAUAAUAGGUAUUUAUAUAUUUUCUUUUUUUAUUAAUACUUUAAAUGCUUCAUUACUUAUUUUGGAAUAAAUAAAUGUAUUAUAUAGAUAAUUUAAACACUUUUUUUCUAAUUAAUUAUAGUAUUAUUUAUUUCAAUGUAUUUAAAAUAAAUUUAAAUAUUUGUUUAUUUUAA